AUGAAAUUAACCAAAACAACCGAGUCCACUUUCGUAGUUAACAUCUUCAACACACUUCACCAAUUAGGCGGCCACGAAAAACUGUUAUCAAUGAGUGACGGCUCGAAAAUAGUAAAACCUUCCACCACGAUAGAACGUGAGUUUUAUGAGAAUAUCGUGUUGCAUCCAGAGUUUGCGCCGUGGAUACCGCGAUUCUUUGGGAUUCAUGUCCCAAACGCUGAUCUUCCUGACCAAGUUAAACUACCAUCCAACGAUGACUCUAUCGAUCUCUGUGAAGCCAUCAAACAAAUGUCUGAAGUUAUCUUGUAUGGCACCCUCGUUCUUGUUAAAGAACCGAGUGGCGCAGAAAUUAAGCUUACUGAUCGAGUUUGGAAAGGUCACAAUGAUGGAUUUCAGAGCAUCUUCCCAUCUUCCUAUAUUCCUAAAUCAGUGCCGAGAUCCCAUAAUGAUGAGCACACUGCAACAACUAUUACUCCUGAGCCAGAGAGACGCUGA